AUAACCUUGUUUUCUCCAAAACGUGAGUGGCUCUUGCCGCCGCAUAGGUUUGUUCCUGGCGCGGUUCCCUCUUCUUCCUCAAAACCCAGCUACCUUCAACUUCACUGCAUUUUUCCUCUAACAGUGGUUCUUCUGCACUGUGAAAAUGCCUCGCACAACGACUAUUGAGUGCCCCGGUUGCCCUUCGCUUCGUGCUUUAACCUUCGACACACUUGGUCUCAUCAAAGUUCUGGAAGCCCGUGAAAAGCAAGAUGGAGUUCUCAAGGUAGUGGACCGGUGGGGUGAGCCUGAAGCAUCCAAAUCUGUGUUGGCCGUUUCAAUGAUUGACCAAAAGUCUCACCCGUUAUUAGCUGUAGCAAGGAAAAAUGGCGAGAUUGAGGUUAUGAGCCCUGUAAGUGGAGUUGUUCAGGCUACAAUUUCGAAUACUGAUGAUACAGAUCUUCAGUCUGAAGAGAAUAAUAUUGUUGGUUUGCAUUUAUUUGCAAAACAAAAUAUUGAGUUAGCUUCCAGGUCUUGUACUUUACUUACAUGCACAGCCAAAGGAAAUGCAAGCAUAAGGUCCAUUGAAGUUUCUUCUACGGGAUCUUCCUGUAUUGGUUCUUCAAAAACCUGGGAUGUAUGUACUAGUGGUAACAUCUUCUGUAGCAAGGUGGACGGGAAUGAGAAGUUUGCUUUAUUUGGAGGGAAAGGCGUUGAAGUCAAUAUUUGGGAUCUUGAUAACCUCACUAAGAUCUGGAAUUCCAAAUCUCCUCGUAAAGACAGCCUUGGUAUAUUCACACCUACCUGGUUCACAUCUUGUACAUUUCUAAGCAAAGAUGACCAUCGAAAAUUUGUUGCUGGCACCAAUAGUCAUCAGGUUCGACUUUACGACAUAUCUGCUCAGAGGAGGCCCGUUCUCUCUUUUGAUUUUCGUGAGACACCAAUCAAAGCACUAGCUGAGGAUAUAGAUGGCUAUACAGUCUAUAUAGGGAAUGGGUCCGGUGACAUGGCUUCUGUUGAUAUACGAACAGGAAAAAUGCUUGGAGGUUUUACUGGAAAAUGCUCUGGAAGCAUCAGAUCCAUAGUCAGGCACCCUGAGCUACCCGUGAUAGCUUCAUGUGGACUGGACAGCUAUUUACGAAUUUGGGAUACCAAGACAAGGCAGCUUCUUUCUGCUGUUUUCCUCAAGCAACCUGUUCUUCAUGCUCUUUUUGACUCCAGCUUCAUUGUUGAAGAACCAUCCUCCGGAGCGGAUGGGCUACCAAGCAAGGCACAAAAUCUGAAUGAAAUUGCAGCUGAGGAAGAAGUUGAACCAUCACCUUUGAAAAGGAAAAAGUCUUCUAGAAACAAAGAGAAUAACACAAAUAAUAGUAAAGAAAGAAAAGAUCUAAGCAGAGUGAAGAAGGAAAAAAGCUUAAAGGAAAUGAAGAACAUGAGAAGACAGCAUCAAGAGAAAAGGGAAGCAAGUCAGCAUCCAAGAAAAGAAACAAGAGCUCAAAACGCGAAACUUCAGACGAAGGGUUGUGAUUUACAUGAACUGAAUUCUAUUUGAUACAUACAAGAAGGUAUCCAGACUAAUAAUAUUGGGAUGCAUGGUGAAGGCAGAAAAGUUUGAAUUUUGGCACCAAGUUAGUUAAUUUAUAUGACAAGGCUGAUGUAAAUUUGUUCAAUUUUGAAAUUUCUCUAAGCAAAUGAGAUCAGUGUGUUUUAAAUUAUCUAACAUUCAACGACAAUAGGUGUUUUUUUCUUCUUAAGCUAAUCACAAUUAUUGAGUUGA